UAUUAUUUUAACUCUACAAUCUAUGCACUUAAAAUAGUAGUGAAUUACAAAUUCCCAAUAUUUCAUUUUUCUCUAAUGAUAAUAUCAGAUCAACCUCUUGUAGAAUUAUUAGCAACUAGAUGUGUUUACCCGCACUCUAGUGCGGGAAGUAGUGUUUAUUUUUUUCACUUAUAAGCAAGGUUCUCAAUCCGGUCGAUCAAGUAGGUUUAUGGUUAAUGGUUUGAUCAUUUCAAGUUGAAUGUAUGAAAAAUUGUUAUAUUGUUUAUACAUUUAUAAAUUCUAUUAAAUAAAAUUUAAUAUAUAGUUAAUAACAUGUAACUUUAUAACAUCAAUAUUCAAAAUUCAACUUAGAAUUUAAAAAAUAGGGUUAAGCAAAAGAAAAACUGGAAAAGAUGCUCAUUUCUCAAAUUAACGGGAAACGACUUUGUAUGCCUUCAACCUGAGAACCUUGCAGCAAGUCGACCCAUGUGUUGAUCCAUUUUCAUCCUGACCUGAUGAAAAAAACUGGCGCCGCACACAAAACGAUGUGGUUCUUGUUGCCCUAUCUCUCAUUUCACACAUAAACGAUGCGGUUAUUGUUACCCAAUUAUGUGUCUGCAAUUCAUUGUUUUUUCUUUAUGGAUUUCUUUCUUUCUUAUUUUCCAUAAUACGACUUCAUUCAUGUAUUCCAAUGAAUCUCACCACAUACAAAAUUAUGGUUAUGAUUCUGGUUCUAAGGCCCUCCGAGGGGCAUGACCCACCGAGAAGCGAAAUCAAAUCGAAAGGAAGGGGUACUGUUAUUUCAACAGGUUGUGGAUCGCCUAUCUCAUCGAAAUCAUUGGUGUUCGACUGUCGUAGGCUGCAUGGCUCUUUUAGUAAAGAUUGUGAAUGAAGUCAUACUAUGUAAGCAAAAAAGGAAACGAAGUUGGAUAACAUAGAGACUUGGUAAUAGUGAUUCUCAAAUUCAAAUUGACUUAGUAAUAGUGCAUUGAACAAAGCUGAGCACCCAAAUUUGACUCAGAUAUGGCGUCACCUUUUCUCUUUGAAGUCUCCCUUUCCCGCCAACAAUCAUUGUCUCCACCUCCUGGCCGCCCGUCGUCGCCCCAUUGUCGUUGAAUUAGAAUUAUCCGAUUAAAAAACAAAUCAAAGUGAGACAGCUGAAAAAGAAAAGAAUUAGACCGGGGAUUAGUUUAGGGCGAUUAAGGCCCAAUUCACACUAAAAAAGGAUAAAGGACAAAGAAGUAAAUUUAAACCAUUAGAUUAGGGCGAUCAGGGCGAGAUUUAGCAACCUUUUUGAAUGGGGAGGAAGUUUUAACUUUGGGCUUUUAAUAUACUUGUAGAUUCUUUUGGGCUUAACCACGGGACCGGCCCACUUCCGUAGCCUUAGCCCAAAACCCAAACCCUUAUUCACCGAAUUUUUUUCCCCUAACGCCUCGCCUUGGUCCCCCGAUUCAUUCGAUCGAAUCCUCACUGACCACUGCCUGAUUGUCAAAAAAAAAAAAAAAUCCUCACUGCCUUCCUCCAUUUCGCCAUGAUUCGUAACUUCCUCCGCAGGACAAGUCCAGUCCUGCUUGCACGGUCUCCGAUUACUGGGCUUGCAAGGUCUCCGACUGAGAACACCGAAUUUGUGAAGAUUGAGGGAGAGAAGGAGGUCUCCAAUUUUUCGAGUAAUUCAGUCUUCCCCAUGAUUCGUAGCUUCCUCCGCAGGACAAGUCCAGUCCUGCUUGCAAGGUCUCCGAUUACUGGGCUUGCAAGGUCUCCGAUUACUGGGCUUGCAAGGUCUCCGACUGCGAACACGGAAUUUUUGAAGAUUGAGAGAGAGAAGGAGGUCUCCAAUUUUUCGACAAAUUCAGGCCAGGCGACUACGCCGAAGAAGAAGAAUAAUGAUAAUGAUAAACGAUCUGAUAAUGGAGCGAAAGGAGAAACAAUCUGUCUCAGGUAUCUUGAACUUCUGUACCCUGACAGCCUUGUUAAGUCGGCCGACGGAGCGCAUUACGACGCGACGGCCAUAGACCCGGUGAGUGGGAAGACAUUUUACUUCGAGUGCAAAUCAUCCGAUAAACCUAAACUCUCUUAUAGGUUGACAGUGCAGCAGCAGGAAUACUUUUUCGAGCAUAAGGAUGAUAUGGAUUGCUUUGUGGUUCUCGUUUUGCUAAAUCCCUUGAAGAACAAGGAUUGGGAUGGUCCGCAUUGUAUCUUUAUUUUCCCAAACGCUACCGGAGCAGAGCGAAUUAAGAGGAACGGUGCAAUAGUAGCGCCAAUAGACGAUAUCAUUUUGAUUGUGAAGGAUGAGAAGACAGUCAUUGAUAAGGCUUCUAAAUACAAGUUUGGGCAUGUCUAUGGUGGCCGGUAUGUUGUCGAGGACUGUCUAGAUGUUUAUAAGCAGCUGUUGGCUAACAAGGAUAUCAAAUGGAAUCCUUCCAACAGUCCCCGAGGUGAUAAGUUGGCCGAGAAAGAGGAACCUAGAACUGAAGAGGGUGGUAAUGGUCUGGUGGUGGCCACGGUGGGUAACCCUGUCUCUAAGGAUGCGGUGUCGGAGGCGAAGAUUGACGGUAAACUGGAGGAACCUAGAAAUGAAGAGGGUGCUGACUCUGACUCAUCCGACAAGAGUCCUUGUGGUGAGAAGAUGGCAGGCAAUUCAACUGCUGAGAAGGAGAACACUGAGAAGGGUAACCCUGUCUCUAAGGAUGCGGUGUCUGAGGCGAAGAUUGACGGUGAACUGGAGGAACCUAGAAAUGAAGAGGGUGCUGACUCUGACUCAUCCGACAAGAGUCCUUGUGGUGAGAAGAUGGCAGGCAAUUCAACUGCUGAGAAGGAGAACACUGAGAAGGGUAACCCUGUCUCUAAGGAUGCGGUGUCUGAGGCGAAGAUUGACGGUGAACUGGAGGAACCUAGAAAUGAAGAGGGUGCUGACUCUGACUCAUCCGACAAGAGUCCUUGUGGUGAGAAGAUGGCAGGAUUCAACUACUGAGAAGGAGAACACUGAUGACUCACUUACAGGUUAAUGUAGCAACUUACGGGUGCUUAGUUUUUUUGUUUUGGUAGAAAGAAUUGCCCCUUAUCUAACUACAUUGCUUGAGGGCAUGAGGGUUCAGGAAGGAUUAUCUGCUUUAAGUUACUCUUUUAAUUCAUGCUGCCACUAUGAUUGUUUCGCAUAUGCACUUGAAGGGCAGGGGGGAACUUCUUGCCUUCGAUAGUAGUUCAAUCUUUGAUUUACGUCCUAUGUGUUCCUCUCUUGCUGCACCUUUGAGGAAGGAACUUAAAUAUUUGUAUGCUAUAGCUUCAUUCUUCCUCAGUAUAUGAACUUGAGAUCGCGAGUAGGUAGUGUUUAAUUGUUUAUGUGAGUGGCUGUAGCUUUAAUUCUUUCCUAGACCUUCCCCAGACACACAUAGCUGCUAACAGUAUGCGGGGACUCAUUCCUGGCUGCUGCUUGGGCUACUGCACGGCCAUCUUUUCUUUUGGCAACAUUUAUUUACCUGAAAGCAAUCAAAUCCACAGUCUUAACGACUGUCAAACACGGGUGCUUUAAUCAAAGAAACACGAGUCUAUUCUCAUUGAUACUACUUCAUUGUUGGAAAACAACAUCAACUCCAUCUGGUUGUGUACAUUGCUUUGGCCAUUGAUUGACUGAGGUACUAGCACCAAGUGCAAUGCUAUGUCAGAAUGAUCAAUUCUCCCUCUUAAGAUCUCCCCGUCCAGAACCCUAAUUCCCCACUUGUCGACUCUGAUGUCCACACAGGUUGUUGCAGUUUUUUAUUAUUAUGUAAGCUAUAUUGUUUAUUACUUGCUCAUGAUCGUCCUAAAGCUUGUUUUCUUUUAGUAAAUUUUGCCAUCCCAUUAAGGUGGUUCGUAUCUAGAAUAACAGGAUGAAAGAUCUAAGUUCUAUUGGAUCUUUGAUUAGAUUUAGAGCCUUCUUGAGUGGAUUCUCAAGUGAAGUCCCGCUCCUUGGUUGGAGAGGCAAAGCUUUAGAACCCUAAAUUUCAUUGCUCUCUUAAAUUCCAGCAACUAUGACAAACAGAAAUCUUCCUUUCCAUGAUAUAAACUCUGGGCAUAUACUUCUGUCCUCAAACGCCUAACACACUUUAGACUAAGGAAUUAGGGGCUAAGACGAGGAUGCUCCCUACUUAUCUGUUAAAUUACUGGGAGUAUUUAGGGCUGCUUACAUAUAGAACAAUUUACAUAUGGUUUGCUUCUCUGCCAACUUUACUUAUGAGCCUGGGGUAGCUGCGUUAUGUGUUCUAGUUGGCUAUAUGUGGACAAGUCCUACAUAUGAUUGUAGUGCUGACUUGACACUGGAGUUCAGUGUUUUGUCUUCUUUUACUAUUAUUUGACAGACAAUUUGGCUUCAUAGCCAUGCGUAACAAUUCCAUUAUUAGACAGCAAUUGUCUCAUUUUCACUUCCUCCUUUCCUAGUUGUCUGCUUGCUCUGAGUGUUUGUAUUUUUAUAUGCUCAGUUGCAAUAACUAAUGACUUGCUGUGUGCAUGUGCUCUUGGCACACAGGGCCUUGUGGAAACUAUUGUAGGCUAUAUCCCGUUAUUCUUCCUUCUUAUUAUUUCCUUUUUAUUGUUGGUUUAGAUAAUUUUUCAUCAAUUAAUGUCUUGCAGCAGACAUGUGCUUCCUGUAUAGUUGCUUGACACUUCGUCCUCUGUUUCCAUAAUUUGAUAAUGAAUAAAAGAUUCUGUCUUGGAGGUCUAUUGUUCUGGUUUGAUACUUGGGACAAAAACAUUAGUUGGGAUUAUCAUGGUAUUAGUUUCUGUGUGCUUGUAGAUAUGAAAAAUCUUUUGCCUUUGUACAGAUAGAUAACCAUGCACUUCAUCUUCUGAAAAUAGAUGACUUGAUCUUCCUGCACAACAUAUGGCUCUCAGUCCUUGUAGGGGAUGUUAUUCUCAUUUGCUCCUGAUUCGAACUGACAUAGAAUAUCAAUUCACUUUUGUAUAUGAUAUACUCAGAAGUUACCAGCAAAUUCAGGUUUUAAGUGUAGUGGUUCCCCGAGGAGUGCAAUUGUGAACACAUGUUGAUUUGACUCUAUUUUCCUUCUCCAACUGUAUCUGAACACAAUCCAAAAGGUUGAUGCAUGACAUGGAAUGGAACAGUAUAGUUGUACCACUCUAUUUCCUUUUCUGGUAGUUUUCUGAUAGACCUGACUGUAUAGGCUGCGGCAAUUGUGUUUGGUGUUUUAGACUCACAGCAAACAAGUGGGAUCAUUGCCUAAAUUUGUUAUUGUUCGAUCCCCUUCAUGUUGCAAAGUACAGGUCGAAAGAUUUAUCAGAUGUGCAUGCUCUUAUAAUACAACUCAGAAAAGGUUGAAUCUCGGGUGGAUCACUUGGGUUUACACAAAGCCCUGUGUGUUUUAAUGGGAUGGAACUUCACCAAGUUUCCUGAUAGUUCAAGGGCGUACCAGUUCCUACCUGCCCAUGAAGCAGCAGCAAACCAGAACGAUAUGAUUGUGUGGCCGCCUUUGGUGAUUAUUCAUAACAGUUACAGGAAGGGGUAAAGAUGGACGCUUGGAAGGUUUGGGAAACAAAGUCAUGGAUGGCAAAAUAAGAGGUAUAGUGCAAACCUUCAUUCAAUCGUUCUUGUUUGUUUUGGAACAAUGUGAUCCAUGGAUUCCUUUGUUCAUGAACGGAGGAUGGGUUGCGUUUGUGCAGUAGCUUUCUCUGACAACUUGUUUCCUCUGGUAUCCUGCACUGAUUUCUCCUUUGGGGGGGGGGGGGUAGUAAACCGAGAUUAUAGUCGUAAGACAAUCUUAUGGAAAAACUUUACGUGCUUAUUGGGUACCGCCCUGAUAACAGUAUAUUUUAAUCUACUAAAGUGACUUGGUGGUAUCCAAGAAGGGUUUCUAUCUUUGACAAACAUCUGUAGAAGAAUUUGCUUUGGAACAUUAGCAGCACUGAAGCCGGCUACUAAAAAGUGAUCUAAAAACUCGGUCAGUCUGCGCGAAGAGGCACCACUAGGGAAGUGCUCUAAGAAGAUACCAGGAGAUUGCGGCCGGAAGAGUUGUUGGUUUCUGAGUUCUUUCCCCCCUUUUCUUUAGUUUCUUUAGGUAUUGAGUUGCAAGCAACUCUAUAGAUAUGAUUCUGCAGCCUAGGUCUGGUUUUCUAAGCAAACCUUACUGCUAAAGAAUGGAGUUGCGCCGACCUUCAUUCUUCAAAAAGGUUAGAACAAUGUCCUUCUCAAUCUUGGUGGCCUCCCAGUUUCUUUUGGAGGAGGGAGGGGGAGUAUAUCUGACAUCCUGCUUCCAACAACCAGGAAUAGGUUGUUUGCAUUUUGAUUUUCUUUUUGGCGAGGAAUGGGUAAAGAUGUUGCUAAACAGUUCUUUUCUUCUUUAGCAACGGGGGUUUGACACCAUUUCUUAUGUGUUAUGUCUCAACGGUCUUAUAUUCAUAUCAUGGCUGGGUUUAGGAAGCAAGCAAUUGCUUGGGUCUUCUAAUGUUCUCGGGGUAACUUUCCUUACUGCAAUUGGGCUUAGAGCUGAGGCUAUUAGGGGGGAGCAGAUUGACCUUCAUGAAUAGGGUGCAACGGUAGGUUGGAACUCUAUUUUUCAGAAAUGACAAUUCAGAUGAACUCAUAUCAUUGCCAUAGAUAGAUUCUCUGCUCUUAGCUGUAAUAUUCUCUGUUAGCCAGUGUUUUGGUUCAUGGAGUGAAUAUGCCAGUUCAGCUGUCUAAUGCAGCUACAUUAAAGAACCUGUUAGAAU